AACACAGGUGGGCUCGAGGGGGCGGUGGUGGACUGUCUGCGAUUAUUUAGAAAUAUGUACGCUUGGAUGAAGUUAAGUAAUGAUUCAUCUCGCAGGUUCAAACGUUAAACUGUGCUUUAGAAAAACAGCGUCGGUUCAACACAACCGCAGCUCGACAGGUGACCUUUGGUUGUCGUCGCUGUGUCGGCGCGAGAGACCCGGAGAGGAGCGGUUUAAGAAACGUUAGCUUAGUAACGGUAGCCACCAGGAAGAAGUGUCACCGCUUGCGCCAGCUCUCUCUUAGUAAACAGGGACGAGGAGAGCCAGUCUGUGGUCAUGGCUUCCCUCGGUAACUCGGGGGCCGUUUCCAGUCCCGUGGUGAUCCUGGCGCCGAAGACUAAAACGAAAAAGAAGCACUUCGUACAGCAGAAGGUGAAGGUGUUUCGAGCCAGCGACCCGGUCCUGAGCGUCUUCAUGUGGGGCGUCAAUCACUCGAUCAAUGAUCUCAACCAGGUGCCUGUUCCUGUCAUGCUGCUGCCUGAUGACUUCAAAGCCAACACCAAGAUUAAAGUCAACAACCACCUCUUCAACAAAGAAAAUCUUCCAGGACAUUUCAAGUUUAAAGAAUACUGUCCUCAGGUCUUCCGAAAUCUAAGGGAACGGUUUGGUAUUGAGGAUCUGGACUAUCAGGUUUCGUUGACCCGCAGCCCCCCAAUGAGGAGUGUGGACGACCAGGGAGAGGGUCUGCUCCUCAACUCGUACGACCGUACGCUGGUCAUCAAGCAAAUCUCCAGUGAAGAUGUUGCAGACAUGCACAACAUCCUGUCUGAGUAUCACCAGCACAUAGUGAAGUGUCACGGUAGCACCCUGCUGCCGCAGUUCCUCGGUAUGUAUCGUGUGAGCGUGGACAAUGAGGAGACCUACCUGAUUGUCAUGAGGAACAUGUUCAGCCACAGACUGGUUGUACACAGGAAGUACGACCUGAAGGGAUCUCUGGUGGCUCGUGAAGCAAGUGACAAAGAAAAGGGAAAAGAGCUUCCAACCUUCAAGGACAUGGACUUCAGGAACAACAUGCAGAAGGUGUAUGUAACCGAGGAGCAGAAGGAGAAGCUCAUGGAGAAACUCAACAGAGACGUGGAGUUUCUGGUGAAGCUGAAGAUCAUGGACUACAGCCUGCUGCUCGGUAUCCACGAUGUGGUUCGAGCUGAACGGGAGGAGGAGGAGGGCGAGGAGGUUUCCAACGAGGAAGAACCGGAGGCAGAGAACGGCCUGGCGCCAGGCACUAUGGUGGGCUCAUACGGCACCUCUCCAGAGGGAAUUGCGGGUUACAUGUCUGUCUGUAAACCUCUGGGGCCCGGGGAGUUCGACCCCUAUGUGGAUGUGUAUGCAGUCGGGAGCUGCACAGGAGCCCCUCAGAGGGAGGUCUAUUUCAUGGGCCUCAUUGACGUACUUACUCAGUACGACACCAAGAAGAAAGCAGCUCAUGCAGCAAAAACUGUCAAGCACGGGGCUGGUGCUGAAAUCUCCACAGUCCACCCCGAGCAGUAUGCCAAACGAUUUCGGGACUUCAUCUCAAACAUUUUUGCGUAACACUCAACUAUGAACACUGCCAUAAGUCAAUCCAACUGAGAGCUAAAACUAUAUUUUUACCUUUUGACCAAAAAUAGUAUGCACAUGCAGAUCAUUGUUUAAAAUGUGGUGAUCUACUUACUUUUUGCUACUACUUAGUUUGUAGCAAUAUAAUGUACUACUUCUGAUGCAUAUAUUUAUUUUUAAGAUAUAAGAUUCAUUUCUUUUAGAUAUUAAGCACUCUUAAUAGAAUAACUCUGGAGUAGAAGGGUACACGGAAACAAAUUGCUGAUGAUAAGUGUUCAAAGUGUUGGGCCACUUUAGUGCGAGAUCAAAUAUAUAUACUGUUUUUCAGUCGCUAUUGUCUGGUUCCCCAGGCAGAAACUUUAGAUGAGAAAAUUCAUACCACUCUCAUGUGUCUGUUAAAGGCACCUUGUGAAAUUUUUUAACCCCUAGCAGCACUAUGGCGUAUUUUCUUUUUGAAAGAGUGGUUUGUCUUGUGCAUUAAGACUUAAGACACUCGUGACACGAUACACAGUCCUGCCAAUGGUGUCACACUACUCCACUGAUCUGCAGGUGGCGGUAACAUGCUAAGAUGUGCAGCAAUGGACCAGCAGAGACAGUGAAGAAGACUGCACGCUAAUAAAAUGAAUAUAAACAUUGCUGGAUUUGAAAUAUGUAGUAUAGAUCAUACGGAAAUGUAUUGAACACAUUUAUUAGAGUUCAAGAAUGUCCUCCAAACUUUUGUUUGUGUGUAAUAAAACUCCACAGAGCUUCAAAAAAUAUGAAGCUAUAGGAGGGCCAGGAGAUGGUUAGCAUAGGCUAGCAUAAAUACUGGAAACUGCUAACCUGGCUCUGUCUAAAGGCAACAAAAUCUACCUGCCAGCACCUCUGAAGAUGACAAUUUGAGGUUUAAUGAGAGGAUGUGUUAUUUUUUUGUGUGGAUUAAACUAAUCAGAUAUAAUGUGAGCUUUGGAGGUGGUGGUAGGUAGAUUUCAUUACCUUUGGACAGAGCCAGGCUAGCUGUUUCCCCCUGUUUCCAGUCUUUAUUCUAAGCUAAGCUAACCGGCUGUAGCCUUAUAGUGGUAUUGAUCUCCUCAUCUAACUAAAGAAAGCGAAUAAGUGUAGUUCCCAAACUGUCAAAGUAUUCCUUAAAUCCUAGAAAAGUCUUUAAUGGAGAAAGGUGUGAAAAAACAUAAUGGAAGUCUAAACUCUACACUUGUUAUUAUUUAUCUAGAGAUGCAGCCAUUUGAAUGUUUAGAGUGCCAAAUGUGUGGGAUCAAAGCUUUAUCCUAGCAGGAUUUGCACUUUGCAUAAAAUUAAAUUAACUGUGACAGAGCAGUUAUAUAAAACAUACUUUGAAUGGAUCAAAUACUGUUUGCCACCAAAGUCUACUAAAUUUAAAAGAACAUGAACAAAUCAGCCAUGUCAAUUGAAUUGGUAAAUGUGUGGUAUUUAAAUAAAAAGCACAUCGUAAUAUUUAGCCUGUAAACAUUUUUGGCAGCCCGGCAUCCGUUAGCUGCCACAGCCAGUAAAGGGAAUGUGUGGUGGCUGACCUUGGAGCGUUUCCUUUACCCACAGAGCUGGGCCAGCGUCAAUGAAGUGACGCGUCCAAAUCUUAGGAUUAAAUCUAUCUUUUUAAUGAAAAAAAUUCACUUGUAGACGUGUUAUUCGACAUCAAACACUUCCUGAAAAUGAACCCAUCCAUCAUUAUUACUCCUCCUUUAACAUGGUGUAGUGUUUUGUGCAUUAAAAUGGCAAAUGUGUGCUAUGUGAAUCUUUGUGCUAGGAUAAGGUUUAGAACAAUAAUAUAGCAAUAGAACUAGGAACUCUUUUUUUCAGUGUAUUGUAGUAACAUUUGGGAUUUAGUGAUAACCAGGGUACUGUAUAAAACAUUGACAAUAUCACUACAUUUCAGUAGCUUAUGCAGUUAGCCUUAACACAUAUGAUACAUAUGAUGAUGCAUUCCUAAACACUGGCAAGGCAGCGUAGACUCUGUAUGAUGCCUCAUCUACCUGAUGAUUGCACAUGUUGUAUUUUUGCAAAUCAGCUUUUGGACCAAAAUAUAUUUUACAAAGAA